AUGACAGGCUCUGCACGACUCGGGCCAAAGUCCAAGAUACCUACCGAAAUCAUGCCCCACACCCUCAUCGAGAAGCAGCGAGUCCUUGAAGCCCUUCGUGCCGGUCGAGAAGACUGGCUAGCUGUUGCCCGUUUCAAGGGUAUCCCGGUGACUACUGCCUACGAUAUAGUACGGCGUGGACGCAUGACAAUCUCCCUCGGGGAGGCGCGAAGGACCGCUUGCGAGGGCGAUCUAGGCGAGGAGAGAGGGCCGUGCUCAGCCUUUCACCCUCCAAAAGGGCCAACCUCCAGAUCCAAUGUGCUGUUUUGGGCUGGUGACGUACCGAUUGGAUUAUGGCAGUAUUCGUAUGGAGAAAAAUUCUGCCUUCGUCGAAGAGAUUUACAGACGGUCAAGGCGUCGCAAGAGUUCCGCAGCUUCUUUCAGGGCAAAACGAUUGUCGUCGUUCUUGAUAAUGCUCCCGCCCACCGACAGACGGAGGAUCGCGUAACCGGGCACGAAGACAUAGAGCUGCUACGGCUGGGGCCGUACUCCCCCAUGUGGAAAUCCAUCGAGGGUUGCUUCAGUGUGUUAAAGGCAAACAUCAAGAGACACUUAACUAUUUACCGCGAGGCAAUUUGCGAUCGAAGCCGUCAACUGGACCAGAACGGAGACGUGAUAACGCUCGCUGGAAGGCAGAUGCGCGUUCUGGAGAGGGCUGCUAAGGCGGAAAUCAAGCGCAUGACAUCGGUUCUGGUGUCUCGUAUGGAGCUUCACUGUAGCAAGGUCGUCAACGCUGCUGCUGAAGGAAUACCUAUGGUCUACGGUAAAUAA